AUGGCGCUUCCGCCCGCCGUAGGUUCAGUAACAUCGGAUUUCAGGCUUACAGAUCUUUCAGGAGAGACCAUUCGGGUCCAAGCCGGCAACCGAAUCAUCUAUGUACACAAAGCUCUUAUUGCAGCCAGCUCUGAGUUUUUCCGGAACGUAACGAAGCCCGAAUGGACAACACACUCGAAGGUAAUCGACUUGUCUAAUCAGUGUCCCGAGAUCUUCGAAAUCUACUGCCAAUGGCUUUAUAGUAAGCGCCCAUUUUCGGGCAAUCCACAGGGGAACACUUGGAUAUCUUUCGCCAAAUUUUAUGUCCUGGGGGAGGAAAUCAUGGACCAAGCUUUCCAGAAUGUUAUCGUUGACGCUAUGAUCGCUCGCUCGCCAUUCCACAUGCUCGACAUCCAAAACCGAGCUAGGCUUUACUACAUGAAGCCAUUCGUUGACGAUCUACUUCCUGCGCUCACAAAGAAUCGAGGAGCUAUCCAUGCGUCAUUUCGGCCCUGGGUAUUGCAGCCAGCCUCCUACCGCAGUAAGAUCGUCGUUCUGAACACUGGCAAGGGAGCUAAGGAAGGUGAAGGGGGCACGACCGUGACAGCUAGCCAAGAUGAUAUGGAUGUUACUGAGCCUUGA